CGGAAGCAAACGAGAAGCUGGGAGCGGCUGAACCAAGCAUUGGACUUAAAAAGAGGUUGCUGGUAGCCUCUUCUCCACCGGUUGUGAUCUUCUCCCCCGACAGCCACCAAAGCAGCAGGAUACUAAGAACAGCAGAAACCAUGACACUGGCAGCCUACAAAGAAAAAAUGAAAGAGCUCCCCCUGGUGUCCCUCUUCUGUUCCUGCUUUCUCUCAGAUCCCUUAAAUAAACCGUCGUAUAAAUAUGAAGUAGACACUGUAGACCUGACCUGGUGUGUCAUAUCUGACAUGGAGGUCAUCGAACUCAACAAGCGCACCUCAGGACAAUCCUUUGAGGUUAUCCUUAAGCCACCGUCCUUCGAUGGAAUCCCUGAAUUCAAUGCCUCCCUGCCUCGGCGGCGUGACCCUUCAUUGGAGGAGAUCCAGAAGAAGUUAGAAGCUGCUGAGGAACGACGUAAGUACCAGGAAGCAGAACUCCUGAAGCAUUUGGCAGGAAAACGGGAACAUGAACGGGAGGUCAUCCAGAAAGCCAUUGAGGAGAACAACAAUUUCAUCAAAACUGCCAAGGAGAGGCUGAUACAGAAAAUGGAGUCCAACAAGGAGAACCGAGAGGCACAUUUAGCUGCUAUGUUGGAACGUCUUCAGGAGAAGGAUAAACAUGCUGAGGAGGUCCGGAAGAACAAGGAAUUAAAGGAAGAGGCCUCAAGGUAAAGAGGCCCUCAGGCAGAUAACAAUUUGGACUGACAGCUCCAAGGAAAGAUGGCAGCAGGCGGCAGUACAUGGUGGAGGCUGCCUUAAUGCAAAGUGUUGACUGAGGAACUGGGAUUGUCCUCUGCUUUCGUUGUUUGUGAAUGUAAAGAAUUGAUGGGAGAAGCCAUCUCGUGUGUUUCAGGG